AUGACUAGCACACACAGUGGCAUUGACUUACGAAGUGAAUCCAGAUUAAUCUCGCAGCUGAGCAUUGCUGAUACCUGUCCAUUUCCUGAUGUGAUCUGCUCCAGGACCGGUCGGCCAUGUCUCUUGGUUAUCCAGGCUGUCUUUUUUGGUAUCUGUGUAUUGACUGACCUUUCCAGUCUUCUGACCAAGGGAAAUGACAGCCAGGAACAAGAAAGGCAGCUUAAAAAGCUCAUUUCCCUCCGUGACUGGAUGAUGGCUGUUUUGGCUUUCCCCAUUGGAGUGUUUGUUGUGAUGAUGUUUUGGAGCAUCUAUAUCUAUGACAGGGAACUGGUUUACCCAAAGCUGCUUGAUAAUUUUAUACCAGCAUGGCUAAAUCAUGGAAUGCAUACAACAGUUUUGCCCUUUAUAUUAAUCGAGAUGAGAACAACACAUCAUCAGUAUCCCAGCAGGAGCUGUGGACUGGCUGCAGUAUGCACCUUUGCUGUUGGCUAUAUUUUAUGGGUGUGCUGGAUUCACCAUGUUACAGGAGUGUGGGUGUACCCACUUCUUGAGUACCUCAGCCCAGGUGUCAAAAUAAUCUUUUUUGUAGCUGUUACUAUAAUAAUUAACAUUUCCUACUUGCUGGGAGAGGUCCUGAACAACUACAUCUGGGAUACCCAAAAAUGUAUUGAGGAAGGAAAAGAAAAGCCUAAACUGGACUGAACAUUACAUGCAACAUGGAGAAUUUUUUAUGACUCCAUAGAAGAUUUCUCAACACCGACAGAGGCUGGCAUGGAGAGGAAUCUUUUGGAAACAAGACAGUUUAAUUGGCCCUCUGCUCAAUGCAAGGAUAUUUUGGGGGUUCCUGUGAAGUAAAAAUGAUUUUAGCUAAGAACACUAAUUAUGUUUCAGCCUCCCUUCCUAUUUCUUCAUGCCUGCAUGUGACACACAUAUAGGAUGUACAUUUAUCUCCGCAGCAUUCUCAACAUGGAUUACUUGCAUCAGAUAAGUCAUUAAACCCUUAAGUCAUUAAGUCUUUCCACUUCCACCAAGAAGAACAAGUCCAUUUUUUGUAUCAUUUGAGGAAAGCUUAAUCAGAUAGGUCUAACAUGGGGAAAUAAAAUAAUGCUAUACUUUGAAGUAUUGUGUAAAGAUAUGUUAAAAGUUAAUUGCAUGAAUGUAUCUGAAGAAAUAGUAAUGUAACAUUAUGUAACAGUUGCCUUAAAUUGAUGUUUAUAGUCUUAUCAAUCCAAUCAAGUUUUAUUUGCAGUGAUAGGCUAUCUGAAUAGGAUGGAACUUUUCUUAAAUACACCUAAAUAAAAAUCACAUUAUCCCCAGA